UGGUUUAGUAGUGGGAAAGUCGCGCAUUCGUUCGGCGAGCAGCGGCCGUGCGUGCUGUUGUACCACUUUCCUUGGUUUUCUUCUAACGUCAGUUAACGUUCACGCGAGUGUAUGUGUUACUGAGUGAUUGAAAAUACUCAUCCCUUAAUCAAGUAUUUAGUAUAAAACCCAAAUGGCAGACCAGGAGGAGGUUGGGAUCGGUGAUUUCGUCCUGUUGGACGAAAUAACGUUGGAAAAUGUUGUGGACAAUCUUCGCGUCAGAUUCAAUGGCGGAAAAAUCUACACUUAUAUUGGAGAGGUAUGCGUCAGCGUCAAUCCAUAUCGCACUACCAAUAUCUAUGGACCAGAUCAAAUUAGUAAAUAUAAAGGGCGAGAAUUCUUUGAAAAUCCGUCGCAUAUUUUUGCUAUUGCUGAUGCGGCGCAUAGAGAAAUGAAACAGCAGGGUCGCGACACCUGUAUAGUUAUCAGUGGGGAAUCUGGCUCUGGAAAGACUGAAGCGAGCAAAAUUGUUAUGAAAUAUAUCGCUGCUGUUACAAAUCAGGGUGGUCAACAGGAAAUCGAAAGAGUGAAAAAUGUACUUAUCCAAUCAAAUGCAAUUCUGGAAGCAUUCGGAAAUGCGAAAACAAAUCGCAAUGACAACUCAUCGCGUUUUGGAAAAUAUAUGGAUAUCAACUUUGAUUUCAAGGGUGACCCUAUUGGAGGUCAUAUAACUAACUAUUUGCUAGAAAAAUCUAGGGUCGUACACCAACAGAAAGGAGAACGAAACUUUCAUUGCUUCUACCAGUUACUCCAUGGCUGUCCUGAGCUCGAAUUGAAUAAAUUGCGUCUAGUGAGAGAUCCCAAUGCGUAUUAUUAUGCUGGCCAAGGGGACAGUGGACGCACAAGCAACACUGACAGGUCAGACUUCAAAGCUACUACUACCGGACUUACAGCUCUUGGAUUUUCACAAAAUGAAACACAAACGAUUUGGAAUAUUGUUGCUGCUGUCCUACAUUUAGGUAACGUCACGUUUUCUUUGGAAGAUGAUAAACCAUCCAUUGAUAGAGGCGGUUCAUUAAAUGAUGCUGCUGAACGCCUUUCAAUUAGUCCUAUGGAACUUCGAACUGCUUUGACAGAAAGAGUAAUUGCUGCUGGUGGAGAUGUCGUUGCGAAAACUCAUUCUCUCAUCGAAGCUGAGUAUGGCAGGGAUGCUCUUGCCAAGGCAAUUUAUGACAGAUUAUUCACGUGGAUUAUAUCUCGAAUAAAUGAUGCGAUCAACAUUGACGAUGGCAGUGUGCACAGAACAUACAAAAAUACGUUGAUUGGUGUACUUGACAUUUACGGUUUUGAAAUAUUUGAUAUAAACAGUUUUGAACAGUUCUGUAUAAACUACUGCAAUGAAAAAUUGCAACAGCUUUUUAUUGAAUUAGUACUGAAACAAGAACAAGAGGAAUACAACAGAGAAGGCAUUGCCUGGAAAAAUAUUGAAUACUUCAAUAAUCAAGUGAUCUGUGAUCUGGUAGAACAACCGCACAAAGGUAUCCUUGCAAUAAUGGACGAAGCCUGCCUUACUGUGGGCACAAUGAACGAUGGAAUGCUCCUCGAAGCCUUGGAUCGGAAGUUAUCGGAACAUAAGCACUAUACAUCACGACAGUUGAAACCUACCGACAAAGAACUGGAACAUAAAGUUCACUUCAGAAUCAAACAUUACGCAGGUGAUGUUAUCUAUGAUAUCAACGGAUUUAUUGAAAAAAAUAAGGACACCUUAUUUCAAGACUUCAAACGUCUGUUAUUCAGAAGUUCUAAUUCAAUAAUUACCAACAUGUGGCCGGAAGGUGCGCAAGAUAUAUCAAAAACUACAAAACGUCCUUUAACCGCUGGUACAUUAUUCCGUAACUCAAUGGUUGCUCUAGUCAAAAAUCUAACCAGCAAGGAGCCCUUCUACAUUCGUUGUAUCAAACCUAAUGAAGUUAAAUCUCCGGUUGUAUUUGACGAAGAAAGAGUGGGUCAUCAAGUCAGGUAUUUGGGACUUGUUGAAAACAUUCUUGUCAGAAGAGCUGGCUUUGUAUACAGGCAGCGUUACGACAGAUUCCUGAAAAGGUACAAAAUGAUUACUGAAUUCACCUGGCCAAACUAUAGAAGUGGUAACGACAAAGAUGGAGUUCGUAGUUUAAUGGAAGAAAAAGGCUUUGCAGAUGACGUCAUGUACGGGCACACUAAAAUAUUUAUUCGUUCACCACGGACACUAUUCGCCCUUGAAAAAGCAAGAAGUGAACUGAUACCAGGUAUCGUUAUACUUCUCCAAAAACAAUGGCGGGGCUACUUAUGUCGUCAGCGUUACAAAAAGAUGAAGGCUGCACUAGUUAUUAUGAAGCACUAUCGUUUAUACAAGCAACGUACAUACAUGAAACAGCUUCAAAGUACUUUCAAAAAUGCAAAGAGCCUACGAGACUACGGAAAGUCAUUGCCAUGGCCUGCAGAAAAUUUUGCAAUUCGGCCCGUCGUACCAUCCCUAAAAAAAAUAUUUGCCAGAUGGCGAGCUUGGAUGGUAUUAAAACAUAUUCCGCGAGAAGAUUGGCCACAGCAUCGUCUUAAGAUGGCAGCGGCACCAGCAUUGCGAUCAAGGCGUCAACAGUGGGGUCAAAAUCGCCGCUGGGAGGGUAAUUAUUUGGCGAGAUCUGAUGAAAAUCCUCAUAGCACUAUUUUCAAUGCUUCAAUUAACAAUCUGAAGAACACUGAUCAUUUCAAAGCUGUUUUGUUCAGUGCGUUCAUCAGAAAAACAAACAGAUUUAAUAAGCCUGCAGACCGAGUUUUAGUAGUAACGAAUGCGGCUCUUUAUAAACUGGAAAAUUCUAAGUUUAAAUCUAUGAAAAAAGGCAUCCCAAUUGCCGAUAUCACAAGCUUGAGCGUAACUCCUGGUACAGAUCAACUGAUUGCUAUCCAUACCAAUCAAGGAAAUGACUUUAUAUUUUCAAUUAUAACUAAAGAGGAUAGAGUCGGUGAACUUGUUGGAGUCCUCCGGAAUAAAUUUUAUCAGCUACGAGGUGCUGACAUACCAGUGACAGUCGAUAGCGCGUUCAAAUGUACACUUGGCAACAAGAGCAAAGUAUUGAAAGUUCAGGUGUUACCUGAGUUGUUAGAAGCAACGUUUAGGAAAGAUGGCAACAAUAUUAUCUUUGGCAUACCUCCAUCCGUUGGUAUCAUCGAUGAUGGGAAUAAUACAAGAUUAGAUAUCAAGACCGCUAGCUAAUUUCAAACUCACAGGUAAAUACGAUUAAGAUCAUAUUGGCGAUGGUCUUCAAAUUCGUGAGGCGUACAAAAAGUACGUCGAUGUGUCAUGCCUUUUAGAAUAUUUCUUUGUAUAUACUAUCAAGUAUUUCUCACAGUGCCAGGUGAUUGUACUUAAUCUAAUCUAAUUCGCAUUUUUCAAGCAUUACACUACAUCUGGGAAGAAAUUUUUUUUCAUCUCAGACGUUAUACGAAUGUGCCUUUGAACUUUUAUCAACUCCAAAUGGUAUUGUUAUUUAUUUAUAAAGUAUAUUAAUUAAGUACCAGAUGAAAGUGAUUGACUUCCGACUUUUGUCUGUAAUUAUUUCACAUACUAUUCAUUAAUUCAAAAGUGAAAUAGGGUGCUUGAAGAAUAUUGGCUUACCAGUAGUAUUUCUUAAAUUAUGUUUAUUAGCAGAGAUAUAACAUUUCUAACUUAACUUCGCACGGAAAGAAAUGACUUCACAUCGAAGGCUUUUCGGCUUGAUGAUGCUUAAUGAUGACGAUGUCAUCGAAGUAUAUAUAUUUGGAUCGCUGAUGACUACGCAUUUACUUGAUAUAAUUUUAUGGAUCAUAUGAUUUCGCGAAGUUGAAAGAAAUCAGAAGAUUCACGUCAAAUUAAGACCAAUUCUUGACGUUGAAUUUUCAAUUGACGUACUUAAACUGUGAUUGUUGAAUAUCAUGAUCACCUACUAUAUUAAUUCAGCGUAACAUUGCUUAUUUAUUCAAAAUUAUUACUAAUGUAGUUAUUAUUACAACAAAGCUAACAAACUAUAAAAAAAAAAAAAGUAAAAAAAUACGUCUGACCUUUGAACGAUGUGAACACAGGUUGUAUACAAUUUUUUACUGAGCUGGUACGAAAUUGUUAAGUAUUGUGCCAUUGAUUGAAAUUAAUUUAUAGAUUUAUAAAAAACAAAAUAUAUACACCUAUAUUAUAAGUUAUAAAACCUGACGAAAAAAAAAUCCAUCAACGGUAAUAUUUUUCUAUUCAUGGUUACUAUUCUACUUAACGAAUAUAAUUACAGAAUGUAUUCCAAGUUUUAUUGGCAUAACUUAUAAAAUGGUUGUGUUGCUCUAAAGAAAUUCAAGUAUCCAGAAACGAAAAUAUUUCCAGAAAACGUAAAAUCAAGACAAUGCAAUGAGAAGCAGGUGAUAGAAUUCCUUUCAAUCCCCCCUAAACCCCCGUAAUUGUGCAUGGAAAUUUUCAACCUUCGACCCACUGAAAGAUGAAUUUAAUAUGUCAGUUAUAAUAAAAUCGAGAGAUAUAUAUCUGGACCUCACUAUUGCAAAGUGAAAGAAAAAUUUCAUCAAUUUCUUGAGUGCAUUUUUUAUAAAGAGUUUUAUGUACAAUUUUAACACGUGCCUUAAUAAAUAACUGAGUACAAAAUUUAA